AUGGCUGCGAAGGUGACGCUGGAGCCCGCGGGCCGCAGCUGCUGGGACGAGCCCCUGCGCAUCGUGGUGUGCGACCUGACCCCAGAGCAGCCGGUCACGUUGCGCGUGUCCCUCAGUGACGAGAAGGGCACGCUCUUCAGGGCCCAGGCGCACUAUCGCGCCGACGCAGGCGGCGAGCUGGACCUGACCCGCGCGCCCGCGCUGGGCGGCAGCUUCGAGGGGCUGGAGCCCAUGGGGCUGCUCUGGGCCCUGGAGGGCGAGAAGCCCUUUUUUCGGCUGGUGAAGCGGGACGUGCAGACACCUUUCGUCGUGGAGCUGGAGGUGCUGGACGGCCACGAGCCCGACGGAGGGCGGCUCCUGGGCCGGGCGGUGCACGAGCGCGGCUUCCUUGCACCCGGGGUGCGGCGGGAGCCGGUGCGCGCGGGCCGGGUGCGCGCCACGCUCUUCCUGCCGCCAGGUGAGGGACCCUUCCCUGGCAUCAUUGAUCUGUUUGGAAGUGGUGGUGGCCUUUGUGAAUACAGAGCCAGCCUCCUGGCCGGUCAUGGUUUUGCUGUGCUUGCUUUGGCUUAUUUCAGAUUUGAAGACCUCCCUGAAAGUCUGAAUGAUGUGUACUUGGAGUACUUUGAAGAAGCAGUGGACUUCAUGCUGCAGCAUCCAAAGGUGAAAGGCCCUAGUAUUGGGCUUCUUGGAUUCUCCAAAGGAGGUGACCUGUGUCUCUCAAUGGCCUCUUUCUUGAAGGGUAUCACGGCCACUGUAGUUAUCAAUUCCUGUGUGGCCAAUACAAUAGCUCCUCUGCAUUACAAGGAUAUGACUCUUCCUGAUCUCGGCAGUGACCUAGGGAAACAUACAACCACUGAAUCAGGCUUUUUAGAUUUCAUGAAUAUUUGGAACAAUCCACUGGAAGAACCCUACCACCAAAGUCUUAUUCCAUUGGAAAAGGCCCAGGGGCCCUUCCUGUUUAUUGUUGGCAUGGAUGAUCAUAGCUGGAAGAGUGCGUUCUAUGCUCACAUAGCCUCUAAACAGUUACAAGCCCAUGGGAAAGACAAGCCCCAGAUAAUCUGCUACCCAGGAACUGGUCAUUGUAUUGACCCACCGUAUUUUCCUCCUAGCAGAGCCUCUGUGCAUGCAGUAUUGGGCCUACCAGUAUUUUAUGGAGGUGAACCAAAGGCUCAUUCAAGGGCACAGGUAGAUGCCUGGCAGCAAAUUCAAACUUUCUUCCAUAAACAUCUCAAUGGUAAACAAUCUAUCAAGUCAAGCAAAAUAUAACAUUAUAAUUAUAGAUGAGAUACUAUGAAUAAAAAUGUUAUUAAAACAA